AUGAUUGAGAAAAUUGCAAAUGAUGUUUCAGACAAACUAAAUGCUACACCAUCUAACGAUUUUGAUGGCAUGGUGGAACUUGAAGCUCAUUUGGAAAAAUUGAAGUCUUUGUUGCAUUUGGAAAAAGAUGGAGCUAUGAUAGUUGGAAUCUCUGGUCCUGCUGGAAUUGGUAAAACUACCAUUGUGAGGGCUUUAUACAACCAACUCUCUAGCAAUUUUCCGCUUAGAUAUUUUAUGGAAAAUGUGAGGGGGAUUUAUAGGAGAAUUGAUUGUGAUCUACAUGGUCUAAAACUGCAUUUACAAGAACAGCUUCUUUCCAAGAUUUUGAACCAAGAUGGAAUGAAGAUUUUUCACUCAGAUGUGGUAUACGAAAGGUUACAAAACCAAAAGGUUCUUAUCAUUCUUGAUGAUGUGGAUCAUCUAGAGCAGUUAGAUACUUUGGCUAGAGAUGUAUCUUGGUUUGGUCAUGGUAGUGGGAUUAUUGUGACUACGGAAGAUCAAGAGAUCUUGAGGCAGCAUGGUAUCAAAAGUACAUACCAUGUGAAUCUUCCAUCUAAUGAAGAAGCGCUUGGCAUCUUUUCCAGGUAUGUUUUCAGAAAAAGAACUCCAGCUAAUGGUUUCAAAUAUUUUUCUGAAAGGGUAGUCGAGUUAUGUGGUAAUCUUCCAUUGGGUCUCCGUGUUGUGGGUUCAUCUUUACGUGGGAAAAAUGAGGAUGAGUGGGAUGUUGUAGUGCAUAGGCUAGAAACAAGUCUUGCUCGAGAUAUCGAAAGAGUACUAAGAGUCGGCUAUGAUAGCUUACAUGAGAAUGAUCAAAUUUUAUUUCUCUACAUUGCAAUCUUCUUCAACUACAAAGACACUGAUCAUGUGAAAACCAUGCUUUCUAGCACUCAUGUGGAUGAAAGACAUGGGUUAAAAACACUAGUCAAUAAAUCUCUCAAGGAUAUAUCUUCCAAAGGUAAAGUAUGCACAAGUUGCUACAACAAGUGGGUAGACAGGCGAUACAUAGACAAGAGCCUUGGAAACGUCAAAUCUUAA